CUCCCGAUCAAGUGACCUCGGCCAAUAGCCAAGACGUGUGGGAGACUCUUUACGGUAAAAAGGGCAAAUUCAAGAAACCUCAGUUCAAAGUCGGGGAUCGCGUCAGACUCAACAAGAAGUUCAGGCAGUUCAAGAAAGGGUAUCUACUAGGGUGGACCGAAGAGGUGUUUGUGGUGCGAGGGGUGCGUUCGGGCAAGGUUCCCACCUACAAGGUGGAAGAAUGGGAUGGUACGGCAGUCGAGGGAACGUUUUAGGCGCGAGAUUUGCAGAAAGUGACCGUGGAAGACGACGAUCUGUUCCGUAUCGACAAGAUCGUCAAACGGAAAGGGGAUAGAGUCUUGGUACGUUGGAAAGGUUGGCCAGUCAAGUACGACAGUCGGUUGGAGAAAAAGGACGUGUUGAAAAAGACAAAAUGAAAGAGUUUUACGUGACGUUGAUGAGCAAUGCCAGCACGGCGGAGUUCCGCGACAACAAAGCCAACAGUUUCAAGAAUCGUCUGCCCCAUCCACUCACGCUCGACGACAAGGAGUGGAAAGUGGGGUUGGCUAGCAUUUCUUACCCGAUCCCCGCUGCACGACCGCAUCAAACGCCCACUCAUCGAACGCACAACUUUGACGAUGAGGAUCUCCUGUGUCAUUUUGAGUGGACCAUUGAAACGUUUAUCAGGACAUCCGAUGGUUCGUGGGUCCCGUCGCGUUACCGUGUGUCAUUUAGCAUCAGCGGGAAGGAACUCCACCAAGACAGAUACAAAGUGACGAGUGGUAAAUCUCUCAUGCAAUACAUCGUCAAUCGUUUGCAUGAUCGCUUGGCCCGGUACAUGGAUCACGAAGGUGAAAGUCUACGAGCUCCGGACGGAAAAAAAUACUACCCCGUGUUCAAAUGGGAUGGAAAUGAUUUGAUUCUGGAUAACACCGACACGUUCCUCGAUGAAUUCGGGGACAGACAACGUCCCAAAGUGUUGUUUGGUCCUAAACUGGUCAAGACCAUGAACUGGAUUAGAGAGGAAGCCUAUGACGUUGUUCACAUGACUACUAAUCUGGUGAAAAUGUUCCAAAACGACCUGGUGCCCAGGGGUUUCAAGAAAGAUUGGACCAACGAUGACACCUCUCGCACAAAUAAUUUUUGGAAUUUGUUGAUGAGCAAUGCCAGCACCGCCGAAUUCCCCGACAACAAGGCCAACAGUUUCAAGAAUCGUCUGCCCCAUCCACUCACGUUCGACGACAAGGAGUGGAAAGUGGGGUUGGCUAGCAUUUCGUACCCGACACCCCCGUUGCGUCAUCCGACUGCAACACCAACCUUCAAACCGCAUGAGGUUGUCUGUACGUUCAGUUGGACCAUGAUUGGACACACCAAAGACAGCUCCGGGUCCAGUGAUCCGACUCCUUUUCGAAUGCAAUUAAUCAUCAAAGGCGAUGACCUGAUCGAGGAUGGAUUCAACAUCACAAGCGGUAAAUCGUUCAUGCAGUACCUCGUUCAUCGAUUGCAAAGUAAAUUGACAUUGUUUGAGACUUCGAAUGGAGAGAGCUUGCGGUCUAAAAAUGGAAAGAAACUAUACCACGUCUUCAGAUGGGAAGGGGACGACCUGAUCCUCGACAAUAGCGACACUGAACUCACCGUUGUGCCUGGAUCCUCAGGAUCUAUUGAACGUCCGGAAGUGAUUUUCAUCCCCUCCGUUGUGCACGUGGAUUGGUCAGCGGGGGAUAACGCUGGUGGAUGGAGUCCCUUCUGGAAAUUCUCGGACGAAGACUUACAACUAGGCUGCUAUUGCAACUGGCGUUUCAUCUAUCUGGACGAAGCCUACCAGAAAUCCUAUGGUGAUAUCGUUACAUCGAAUGCACCUCAUCGCAGUCCCAUGUACGUGUAUUCGAAUGUCGGGCGCAGUACGAUCACAGGGAAUCACAUGACGGAUCUGUUGAGAGAAAUAGCCCACAACCCUACCAUCAUGAGUUUCGAACCCGUCCACGUUCAUUAUAAGUUCGUACGCAGUAACCUCAUGGACAUUCUCGAGACGCAAGUGGCCGAGAACGACGGAAAAUUGGUGAACUUUGUGUCGGAAGGAGAUGCCGGUCUUGUCUCGGCUACCACUACGGAGGUGUAUUUACACGAAAUCUACCAAUACGGCAAAAUACGAAACGGGAUCGAUUCUUUUAAAGCUCUCAUUUUCAAGUUUGAACAGAAAAAGGGAGAGGCUCUACCGUGCAACUGGGACACGUUGACCUUGAGUGACAAGCGUUUGGAUCCCAUUUUUCGAUGGAAAAGCGAGGAUUUGAUCUUGGACAAUUCCUUGCUGGAUCUGAAUGUCAUAAGGAACAAAGUGGCUCCUUCGGAUGACGCAAUAUAUGCGUCUCCCUUUGAGAUCUCGUUUGAAAAGCAUGUGGCUGUGGAUUUUGGUUGGGUGUCGGCCAAAAGGGAUGGAACGCCCAUACUGGGACCCAACAUGCUGAUGGAAUAUGACAACCAAGACGUGAUGGAAGUGGAAAAAUUCUUCAUGGAAAAUGGUAGCAUAGGAAUUAUGAGUGGAUCCCGCGGUAAGAUCAAGGACAUUAUCAAGGACGGUGUCAUCAAAGAGAGGGUCACGAGGAGGUAUAGCAAGAUACCGGAACCGUUUGACACGGAUGAAGUGGACCCUAAGAGCCAUGCUGGAACCGUUCCGACCUCGGCUAGAUUCUGGCGAGAGACCACCAAGAAAAAUUCGUCAGAGAAUCGCAUUCACUUGAGCGGUGUCUGCAGCUGGAGGUUCGUGAACAUCAAGAGAGCCUUCGAAGACGUGGUAGGUGGCCUGUCUCGUUCCCUGUUCAUCUACUCGGAUGCCGGAGGAAGUACUGUGGUGGGGAAUCGAAUGACAGAUUUAUUGCGUAAAGUGAAGUUUUCGAGUAAAGGAGAAGGUAGUCAGUACUUCGAACCGGUGCACAUCCAAUAUAUUCCGGUACGCAAACAAGUCGUGGACAUUAUAGAAGUGAAUGUGGCUGAGACCACUGGAGAAUUGGCGCGACUAGGAUCGGGGAACACGAUACUCACGUUACACUUCAAGAAAACAUGAUCGGAGGAACUUUGAUACGGUUUC